AUGCCCGUGACGCGUAACACGCCGCUCGAGAAGCGAAGGGUCAAGACGGGCUGCGUCGCGUGUCGUGACGAAAAGAAACCGCAGUGCAGCAACUGCGAGUCAAGGCGGGUAAGCUGCAAGUACGCAAACGCAGCGGAUCGCCCAUCUGGCACAUACGCCGAAAUCAAGGCAUGGGCCUCUUCCUUGCUCAAAAUUUUACAGCACUCGCUGACUCCAUUCUUCUGCCAGUUUAUCAAUGAAAAGUCCCCUACGAUCGAGCCAGUAGCCGGCUCGGAAGAUCGUGGGGUAGCCUCAACUCUGCAGCCUCCUCGCUCUGGCGUCAGUUGGCAACAGCCCCCGCCAAGAACUACGGCACGCCAUCAAGCACCGCCGUCGAGCUGGGAGGCGUACUUUGAUACUGACCUCACCGAAUUCUCGCAAAGAGAUAUUGCCUUGCUGCGCCAGUUCCGGUACCGCACCGCACCGUGGCUCGAGGCUGGUGAUCCUGACAGCCGCUUCGCCGUCGCCGCGCUGCAAAUGGGCCAGAGGCAUGAGCUUAUUCAAACCCUCAUCAUAGAGCUCGCGGCUUCUCAUCUUCUGCGUCACUCAAAAAGCGCUCCUUUGCAUGACGCCCGGGUAGGACUGCCAGAACUGGCCCCAGACUUGAGGCUCGUCGCAGAUACUCUCAUCAGCCUCACGGAGACGCUUUGCGCUGGCCCUCUUGCCUGGAAACAGUUCCGAUUGCCGCACAGCGCUCCUAGUCAUAUCAAGGAGCCGUUGCAAACUCUUGUUUGUCAACAAUCUCGCAUCGACCUAGCAGCGUCUAUACUUACCUUAGCACCACCUGCGACAAGCCCAGAUUUCUACUUACUGCAACACUAUGACAAGUCUCAAAAAAAGACUGCAACAUUCACGGCUUACAACUGGGCUCUCCACCAUCUCACAGCAUGUCUUCACUUCGUCUUCCACGUCAGCGCCGGUUCUCCAGCGGCUGCCCAGAGUCCGCGUACCCCUGAACAAAUUUCGAUUUCUGGCGCUCCUACCGACUGGCACACUCUCUGGCUGCGCAUUCAAACGUGGUACGACACGCGGCCCGUCGAGAUAAAGUCCCUGGUUGACGUUGGCAGCAUCGAGAUGGGCCAUAUCGACCCCGCGAAUGCAGCGUCUUUUCCGAUACACCUCUAUUCGAGCGCAAUGGCCGUACAGACGGCCGUCUUCUACCACAUCACUGCGCUUCUUUUGCUCCAAAACAAGCCUCGUCUUGCCGGAAUUCCUGGUCGUCGCCAGCAUUUGACGUCGCCCAACUGGCAUGCGAGGGCCAUUGCGGGCGUCGCCACGUCAAACGACUAUGCUGAGCAGUGGGAUCCGAUCGUGAUUGCGUCUCUGAUGUACGUCGCGAGAAACAUGACGCAUUUCGCACAGCAACAUGCCGUGCUGGAAUGCCUACGGACUGUCACUUCCCAGACGGGAAUUAUGCUCGACGAAGAAGCCAAGCAACUGCGCGCUCAAUGGGCAACCGCAAACCUGGUGGAGAGCCCGCUUUCUCGUUGA